CAUGUUGUGACAUGGAACGUGGCCUCGGCAGCGCCCCCUCUAGAUCUCAAAGAUCUGCUUCAGCUGAACAAAGAGGACUUGGACAUAUAUGUCAUUGGGUAAGUGUGUGUAGAGCCCCUUCACCCAUCCCUGACGAGUCCCAAUUUAUCAUCAUGGGAAACCACUGAAACCUUUCCCCGUUGCUCUGGAGUCUGGAAACAAGAUGCUUUCAGCCUGCAUGGAACUGUCCCAGGUCAGCAAUGGCAAGGGAUUGGAGCCCAACAACCAGGGGAGGAAGAUAUGGUCAUCAGAACCCAGGGCCUGAAGGUCUGUGAGGACAGUACUAAAUGUCUAUCGUAUAGGAAGUACCCUCCAGGCCGAGGGACAAGCCUCUGACCUGGGAUGGUCAGUUUGCAGGAAAUGAACUCUGGAAUCAUAAGCCGCCUUUCUGAUGCUGCCUUUGAAGACCCAUGGAGCAGUAUCUUCAUGAAUGUGCUUUCCCCUCUGAGCUUUAUCAAGGUCUCCCAUGUCCGCAUGCAAGGGAUCCUCUUAUUGUUCUUUGCCAAGUAUCAUCAUUUGCCCUAUAUCCGGAUUCUCUUCACAAACUCUACUCCCACAGGUCUCUUCGGGUACUGGGGGAACAAAGGAGGAGUAAGCAUCAGCCUGAAGCUUUAUGGCUACUAUGUCACCAUUAUCAACUGCCAUCUGCCCCCCCACAUAUGCAACAAUGACAAGCGGCUGGAGCAUUUUGACCGGAUCCUGGAGACACAGAAUUCUGAGAGACAUGGUAUCCCCAACAUCCUGGACCAUGACCUUAUUCUCUGGUUUGGAGAUAUGAAUUUUCGGAUCGAGGACUUUGGGUUGCACUUUGUUCAAGAAUCCAUAAAAAAUCGGUGCUACAGUAACCUGUGGGCAAAGGAUCAGCUCAGCAUUGCCAAGAGACAUGACGUACUGCUCCGGGAGUUCCAAGAGGGCCCCCUGCUCUUCCCGCCCACCUACAAGUUUGACAAGAACUCCAACAACUAUGACACCAGUGAGAAAAAACGCAAGCCUGCAUGGACCGACCGCAUCCUGUGGAGACUGAAGCGGCAUUCCCAGGAUGCCCCCCACACCCUCAGCCUUCCAGCUCCCCACUUCUCCCUGUCUCUGAAGUUAUACGUCAGCCACAUGACGUACAGCAUCAGUGACCAUAAGCCUGUCACUGGCACCUUUGACUUAGAGCUGAAGCCAUUGGUCUAUACUCCACCGAUCACCCUGAUGCCUGAGAGCCUGUGGACCAUGGAGAACGAUAUGGUGGUCAGCUACUUCUCAGCUCCAGACUUCCCCAGCAGCCCCUGGGACUGGAUUGGAUUGUACAAGGUGGGGAUGCGGCACAUUAAUGACUAUGUGUCCUAUGUCUGGGUUGGGGACAACCAGAUCUCCGUCAGUGACAACCUGCACCAGGUAUACAUCAACAUCAGCAGUAUCCCUAAGAAUGCAGAUCAGUUUCUCCUCUGUUAUUACAGCAACAAUCUGCAUUCUGUGGUGGGGAUAAGCACAUCCUUCCAGGUAAGGAAUGCUGGUGGGGGAAGGGUAUCACAGAGGACUUCACAGAGCCCAUCAUCAGUUUCCUGUGAAGCCACAUCAGGUGGGACGGGAGAGUGGAAGGAAGAUGGAGGAAGGCCUGGUCUUCUCCCUCUGCCACCUGUUUUAUCCUUGCAGAUCCCAUCUCGCUGCUUUUUGAGGGAGGAGCCACUGGGUGAAGCCCAACCACAGAUCUGAGCCAGGAUGGGAGUGAAUCCAGGGCGAAGGCCAGAGCUAGUGGCCAGCUCUGCCUUACCACACUGCCAGGAGUGCUAGGGGCCCAGUCCAGCCCAGCCCAGCCCAGCCCAGCCCCCCAAGGAGACAGCCAAGUAUUCUCCACAUACCCACCACCUUUGAGCUCUAGCCAGCCUCUUUUGCCCCCUCUAGCACAGAUCUCUGCAAUUGGCCGCUUAAAUACAGGUUUUUCUUGCUAAGAUGUAAGUAAAACAAGCUAGUUUGUCAACAGUGAAGACUUAGGAACAAUUCACCAGAUGUUGGAAGGACCCUUCAGCCUGCAUCUCAUUUCUUGAAUCAUUUCUUCUAGCCCUACCAGGCACAUGGCCCAUCUGGCACAGGCCUGCAUUCUUGUCAUACCAUCCUGGGUCUCAAGCUGCCUGGGACGGGGGAUGCUUACAUUUCUACAGGCUCCAUGGACUGGUUGGUGCAAGCAGCAUUGUGUUCCAGGAGUCUUGGCAUCUCAAAGCCUGUCCCCAUAAGAGAUGGACAGAGAAUCUGGGGUCCCUGCUUCAGCAGAAGUAUGACUAAGUGGGUAGAAUGGAGAGGCUGCUCCUGCCAGGUUCUUGUGUAGUAGGUGAAUAGGUUGAUCAGGGUCCUAUAGCACAGCCUUCCCCACUACCUGCUGCAUGGAGUUCAGCCAAGGAAGUUCCAGAGCCUGAACAGAGAAUUGGAAAGGACCCAGGUUAGCUUUCUGCCCACUUAGGAAGGAUUGGACAGGUGGUAGAGGAGCUUCAGCCACAGAGUUUUCAAGCUUAUCUGCUCCACCCUUGUCAGGACUUUGGGUAGAAAUUGCUUUUCUCGCUGGACCCUCCCAGGACCUAGAAAUGGGGACUGGCAGAACGGAGAGCUGGAUCAAGACAUUGUAGAGGAUCUGGCCCUGGGUAUCUUCAAAGAGUAUUCUCCAGGUGCUAUAUGGAAUGGCUUGUCCCCCCUCCCACCACUUACCUCCUACUAAUGGUGAUUCAACAGCCCUUCUCAGGAGAAGCCACCUCAGGAAUCCUUCUCAGUGACUGUCAUGCCAUCCUAUGACCUGAGAUUGAAGGUCACUUCAGUUGCUGUACACUGCAAACUCCACCCAGGGAGCUAUGUGUAUCAAGAACUGUCUUCUGGCUUCUAGUGGGCCAUGGCUGUUGAUGUUCGGAGUCUGUUACAUUGGGAUAAUAAGAAACAUUGAUUUUAUA